AUGGCCGGUCGGCUAUACGCGUUAAAAGUUUACACGUUAUUUGGAAAUUCUCACGCUCGAAACCCCAACGCCGACGAGCCAAGACCAUCGCUGACGAGCGCCGACGAAGCACGAAUGAACCAGGAACGACGCCAACGACGGCUGUUGACCAGUCAGCAUGGCAGGUUGGGUUGGGUUGAGCGCAAUAACUUCUGUAGAAAUAAAUAG